AUGUUGCUGAGAGCUGUGGGUAAAGGACUGGCCAAAGUGUUUUCAAAAUCAGCUGAAGUAUUAUUUUUGCAGUCUGUCAAGUGUGUUUCAAGUUUUUUACCCUCUCCAGCUGAUUUUCCCUCACUAGAGUCGCUACUUUACAAUGCAGGCUAUUACAAUCGUGUAACAUUUACCCUUUACAUACAAAUUAGCAGGAUUAGAUUAAAUAGUUCUAAACAUGAAUAUCAGAUAUUGGUUAAAACUGCCAAUGAAUCGCAUAAUAGUAGAUGUUUCCGCAACGAAUACAUGAAAAUGCCAGUUGAUAUGGCAUUUAAGCUAGUAGUUAAACCUUACUACGCUAAUUUGUGCAUUGAAAUUGUUGAGAGGAAGUUAAUUGUAGAUAAAGUAAUCGCAUCACUCAAUAUUGAUAUCGAUAACGACAUUAUAGGCAGAAGUUUUCCCAAGAACAAGAAAUACGAUCUUUUGAAUGGGGGAAAAUAUAUAGGUGACAUAACACUAUCAUUCCACCAUGUACCAUGUAUUGUUCAUUUGGAUAGUGAAUUGUGGCACAAAGCUGUUAUUAAAUUCGUAGAAUGCGAAAUGGAGGUUUCAGAUUUUUUAGAUGGGCCUGAUAGGGAGGAUAAAUUGGAAAUUAUGUCCACUUUGUUAAAGGGGCAAAUGUAUAUUCAGUCAGCCAGUGGUAUCGGAUGGAAGCGGGGUUAUUUUAAUGUCGUCAACAAUAAUGAUUAUUACACAUGGAAUAUAUAUGAAAGUGAAUUAUCGUGCAUAAAAUCAGGCAAACCCACAAUCGUUAUUCCUAUGCUGAUGAUAAAAUGUGUAACUAGAGAAAGUGAAAACACAUUCAAAAUAACCUACCUAAGUGGCGAAUGUGAGGAGGAGUUGACUUGCAAACAUGAAUUUGCAGAUACAUGGGUUGAAGCUAGCAAUUUUUAUAUACAAAUGUUAAGGCGCCACUUAGAACAUUUACCCAGCGAUAUAUUCAACAUAAGCACUGAAAGUUCCACUAAUAAGUGUAUCAGAAGCACAAUACAUAAUUCAGUGGAUCAGGAAAAUAAAUUGCCAGAGUGUAUUAAAGAGAUGUACACCUUUAUGAACUCCCCGCCCUAA